UGCCUACGUUCCGGAUGCUGCCAUGCCCAUCAUCAGCAAUGCUAACCACGACUUCAGCAAUCUGUCCGUCAGUGACGACAGCAGUCUCGACCGCAUAUUCACCGAGAUUCCCGAGACUGAGACCAUCAAGGGCGUUUAUUACCAAAGGGCUCAGUUCAUCCGGCAGCCGGAGGACCUCGUCUCCGUCGACCACCGCUUGCUGGCAGUGAUCAACGUUGGGGGGAACCGCUACACCUUCCCUUGGAGCACGCUGCAGCAGUUUCCUCUCACACGGCUUGGCCGCUUGUGCGGCUGCAGGUCACCUGAGGACAUUGCCAGCGUCUGUGACGACUACGAUGAAGCACGCAAGGAAUUCUUCUUUGAUCGCUCGCCAUCCGCCUUCAGGGUUAUUCUCAACUUCCUGGCCGCAGGUAAACUUCGCCUGUUGCGGGAGAUGUGCAUCCUCUCCCUGCACGACGAACUCACCUACUGGGGCGUGGAGAUGGCGUACAUGGAGCGCUGUUGCAAGAGGAAGAUGUACACACGAAUCGAGGAGGUGCACGAGCAAGAACGACAGGAGGAGGAGCGCAGGCAGAGGAACGCCAUGCAGCAUGUUAUCGUGGAGGAGACGACGUCCCGAAAAAUCAUGAACUGGCUCCGAGAUAUGGUGGAGAAUCCGCAGUCUGGCUUACCGGGGAAGAUCUUUGCUUGCCUGUCAGUCAUCAUGGUCGCAGUGACUGUGGUGAGCUUGUGUAUCAGCACCAUGCCUGACCUCAGAGAGGAGGAGGACAGGGGCGAGUGCUCGUCCAAGUGCCACAACAUGUUCAUCAUCGAAACGGUGUGUGUGGCCUGGUUCUCUCUGGAGUUCAUCCUACGCUUCAUUCAGGCUCCCAGCAAGUUAGAAUUCCUGCGCGGGCCGCUCAACAUCAUCGACGCCAUGGCCAUCUUGCCUUACUAUGUGUCCCUGGUGGUGAAAGAAGACCCCAACCUGGAGAGCGAUCGGCCAGGGGGAGGUAAAGGCUACUUGGACAAGCUGGGUCUGGUGCUGAGGAUCUUGCGGGCGUUGAGAAUUCUUUACGUUAUGCGGCUGGCUCGCCACUCCCUCGGCCUGCAGACGCUCGGAUUGACGGUGAGACGCAGCACUCGUGAGUUUGGCCUGCUCCUGCUUUUCCUCUGCGUGGCAGUCACCCUCUUCUCACCGUUGGUCCACCUGGCUGAAAGUGAACUUACGGGCCCUCACGACUUUAGCAGCAUCCCCGCCUCCUACUGGUGGGCUAUCAUCUCCAUGACAACAGUGGGCUAUGGUGACAUGGUGCCUCGAUCCAUCCCUGGGCAGGUUGUAGCGCUGAGCAGCAUCCUGAGCGGGAUCCUGAUCAUGGCCUUCCCUGCGACCUCCAUCUUCCACAUGUUCUCCCGCUCCUACCAAGAACUCAAGAUGGAGCACGACCGUUUGUUCAAAGAGGAGUGCGCCGCCGCCGCAGCCGCCGCCGCCGCAGCUGGUGCCACUGGUGAGUGGCAGGAGGUAGGGAUGGCCGGAGAAGAAGGUGGUAACGUGAAACUAGAGGACUCAGCCGCGAUUGGACUUGCCUACCAUCUGGACAAGGAUAGUGUGCACUCACUAGAAUAUCUGGCUCUUUUAGGAAAAGGAGACAAUGCUGCAGCAAAUAAUCACAGCCUCCCAGCAUCAGCUUUCUGAAUGAACAUCUCCUUGCUGUCAAUUCAAACAUUCCAAUCCCCAUGUUACAUGAAGAAAAUAAACUCAUCUCUUUCCACGUGUAUUUUAAAUGCAUUCAAAAUAAGGAGAUUACAUCUGCUGCAUUUAUUUGGCUCUUCAGUGUGACGCACUGGCACAGACCGAAAGACUCUUUAAAACCCUUUAAACCCUUUGGUACAGGUUGACCUCUUGAAAGCCUUUGCUGCAAUAUUAGUGACUCUUUACUUCCAUGAACAUGCAAUAUCAAUCCGAAGUUGCUUUUUUUUUCUUCCACUGUGAAAAAUACUGUGCAACUUCAAAUGUAAUACUCACUAGCCUAGCGUGUCAAUGUAUCAAAUGACUCAUAUUCUCGCGCUUCAUUGGACAUACGUGCACAUCUAAUUCGCCCAGAAGCAGUUUCACUGCAAACAAAUAUAAACAUUAUUCCACAAAUUAAUCUAAGCUAUGUAAAGGCACAAUUUUUGGCAUACCAAGGGAUAUCCAAAGCCAAGCUAGAAUGUGUUGAGACAAUUGUCUGGAAAAAUGCGCUUUAAAAAACUCAAGCAAAAUGUUAUGUUGUUCGAGACAUGACAAAUAAUGUAAUGGAUCCUUUUGGUUCAUUUCUGAGAUGCCUAUUGCCAUGUAAUCUGAUUUGGUUAAUGCAUGUAUGUCUAACCAUUUCUUGUCGGUUUUCAAAAAUAUUUUGGGGACUUUUUUUAAUUCUGAGCAUAGAAGUGAAAACACAUACGAUACAAAUGACGAGAGAUAGAUUUAAAAAAAAAUCAAACAUGAUACUUUUAUAAACUGCUAGAGCGAAAGGGACAAAUGAAGGCAUGGUUUUUGUGAGUGACUAGUAGAGAAUGAGCGCUAACAACCAUGAAAUGUACUUUGCAAGGCUCCAAAUAAAAGCUCUUUCAAUAAUCAGAGGCAAAUCCAA